AUGGACGACACGACGUCCAGCAGCGGUACUACCGGGCCAGAGAGCGUCGCGCCGACGACUCUGAACGACCUCCCCGACGAGGUACUUUGCCGCAUCUUCAACCUCGUCCAGCGCGACGAGCCGGUCUUCUUCGGCCGCCAGUUCGAGGACAGCGAGCUCGUGCCGCCUCUACCUGUACUCGCGCGGUAUCGGGGCCUCAGCCGGCGUCUGCACUACCGCAUCUUGGUCCCUCAAGCUCGUCGUAACUUGGUCGUCCCGUCGGCAGUCGCCGUUCCUGACGGUGCAGCAUGGGACGCCGACGUCGAUCCUCGUGUCGCCGAAAUCCUGAGCGGUACACGAGACGUCGUCGCGAGCCUCGUUCUCGUCGUUCCGCCCUUUCGCCCUCGGCGCUGGAUCCCUGGCCUCGUCGCGUCACUCGUCAACCUGAGCGACCUCACCAUCAACGGCGGCAUCAUCGUCACGCGCGGCCUGUGCGCAGCCCUCCGCGAGCUCAAGUCGCUGCGGAAAUUGUCGCUGGAGGUCGACCCGGACAAGGCCCGCAACCUCGUCGACCCGCCCGAGAAGAUCAACCUCGAGCGCGAUGUCCCAGGCCUCACCCACCUCAUCAUCUCGUUCGCCACAAUGCCGCUCUCGCACGAGCGACUGAUGUGGGUCUCCAACGGUGCGACCAAGAUCCGCUUCCUCGACAUCGACGACGCCGUGAGCCCGAGGGUCAACUUCAAGCACCUCGAGGUUCUCGUCCUGCGGUCCGGCUUGACGAGUGAUCAUGGUGCAGGAGAUCGGCUCGCAGCGAUCCUCGAGGCCGCGCGGGAGCUACCGGAGUGGCGCUAUUCCAGCCCUUUCGCCCUCAAGAAGCUCGUCAUAGACGUGGCAUACGCCGAGUUCGACCUGUACACCGGCUGGAACAGCAUCGACCACGUCCUCGAGAACCUCAAGCACGCGCCGAGCGCCGAGGCGCUCGAGGUCCGCUUUUCGGACCUGUUCCGGUGCGACGGCGCCGAUCUCUACACGGCGGUCCCGACGAUCAAGCGUCUCAGCAUCGUCGAGACGGACAUGCCGAGCGACGGCCGCCAGAGCGCCAACAUCAACGGCCUCGAGGACUUCCUCGACGUGUUCCCCAACCUGAACUCGUUCUCGCUCACCUCGCACUGGUUCUUGCCCGCCACCGACGCCGCCGACCUGCACGCCGACCCGGACCCGCCGACCGACCUCAGCCUCGCCUACGACGCGCCGCUCCUCGCCGAACUCGUCAUGUACGUGCGAGACGAGACGCCGAUCAAGGAGUUCCGGUACCGCAGGAGCGAGAGCGAGCGGUGGGAGCUGCGGUGGACGAGGUCGGGCGAGCUGGGCACGCAGUUUGCUCUGAGUAGAUGGUGGCUGUAGACGAGAGCGUGACUGUCAUAGCCCCUGAUCUCUGU